AUGGGAACGUGUGGUCACACAUUUUGUCACGUAUGUAUCAGUCAAUGGGUCGCUCGUCAAUCAACAUGUCCAACUUGUCGAAUGAGAACAUCCACUGAAGAUUUCCGACCAAUUUCGACUCGUAUUGUACUCAAUCAACUUGAGCGACUUCUCAUGAAAUGUAAACGAUGUAAUAAAACGCAUAUUCAACGAGGUAACAUCAGUGAGCAUGAACAACAAUGUCCAAAUCAAACAGUUUCAUGCCCGGCAUUUAACAUCAAAUGUCCUUGA